GCAAAACUAAAUAUAAAUUGUCACUUGUCACUUGUCAAGUCUUCCACAGAAAAAAAUAACAUCCAUUUUCAUUUCAUUGCACAAUAUUAGUUCAUAGAAAUAUAUAAAUUUUCGAAUUGUGAUCUCUUUCAUUUAGUUUGAAAAGAAAGUUAGUAGUAGAGCAACAACCAUGACUUGUCCUUGGGCCAAAAUGGAAAACGUUGAACCCGUCAACUUUGAAGAAAUCAUGUCUGAACAAGUCGCACGUGAAUUACAAGCAAAAGAAGACAAGAAAUACGCCGAAAUGUUUGUACCCUCAUUGAAACAAGACGAGAAAACAGCCCCUGCUGAAGUUCUGGAUUCUGGGGUUGACGACACUUGUGAAUCAGAUGCUGUGAUAGCACGAAUGCUCCAGAUGCAAUUUGAUAAGGAAUACGACGAGAAUUUGAGACGCACAGAGGAGAAGUAUAACGGGGCGUCAAAAGUAUCGAUUUCCUUUGAGAAUUACCGCCGCACACCUCAUAAUUUCGAUUUCGAGAGUGAUUCUGAACAAGAAGAAAUCAUCGAUAUUCGCGACCGACGCGACUGGGACCGUUUCGACACCCUCCAAAGACAAUUUGAUUCGAUCCCUCCUUGUGGCUACAAAAUGCAAAACGGUCUCAUGGUCACCAAACAUGACGUUACAAUGAGCGGCCGAAAAAACGCCUGUAAAUUACUAUCCUUUCCCCCUGAUUUUCACACAGGCGAUGGCGAAAAUUUCGAUCUGAAACUUUCCAACAAAGUCUUCAACAGUUUGAAACGCCACUCACAAAACGAAGAAUCACGCCGACAAAAAGUCCGCGAUAAGAAAGAAGACCGCGCGACUCAAGAAUUCGGUCUAGAUGAGUACACACGUCUCCUCAUUUAUAAAAUAAUCCAACAGGAAAUUCUCGAUAACGUCAACGGUGUUAUUAGUAUCGGUAAAGAAGCGGUGAUACUUCACGCCGAUGCUAAUGUCAAUUAUACAGAGGGCCCCCUUCCGCCCGAAUGUGCGAUUAAAGUCUUCAAAACAACUCUAUCUGAAUUCAAACAACGAGAUAAAUACAUAAAAGACGAUCAUAGGUUUAAAGGACGUAUGGGGAAUCAAACGGCGAGGAAGACUGUUCACUUAUGGGCCGAGAAAGAAAUGCACAAUUUGAAAAGAUUGAAAAAUGCGAAUAUUCCAUGCCCGGAAGUUGUAGUGUUGAAAAAACACGUCCUUGUUAUGUCAUUUAUUGGAGAGAAUAAUAAACCUGCACCUAAAUUAAAAGACGCAAUAAUGGAUGAAACUGACUAUAUUUUAGCAUAUGAACAAGUUGUUGAGGCCAUGAAGAUGCUUUUUUCAACAGCUGAAUUAAUUCAUGCCGAUUUAUCUGAAUACAAUAUUUUGUGGCAUCAAGGACAGUGCUACUUUAUUGAUGUUAGUCAAGCUGUGUUGCCAUCGCACGAAAAUGCAUUUUAUUUUCUCAUGAGAGAUUGCAACAAUAUCGCAAAUUUCUUUUCAAAGAAAAAAGUGUCCAAUGUUGCAACCCCUCAAGAACUUUUCAAAUCUAUAACAGGUUAUAAUUACGAUGAGAAAAAAGAAUUACUUCAAUUACAAGAAACAUUCAAAAUGAAACCUCAUCUUGUUGAUAAACCGGGAAUCGAAUCGGUUUUUGAUUUUGAUAAAGGAUGGGAAAAAUCGAAAGAAAACUUGCAAACUCCUAAAUUAGUUGACGCACCGUUAGCCUAGUUUACUCAUUUUAAAAAUUAAUUCAUUGCGAACUUGUUAAUUUUGUGUUAAAUACGUGAAAAAUAUUGGUUUAUUAAAUUUGUUAUUCAUCUCAUCAAAA